UGGAGCUAGCCAGCUUCUACCUCCGAUCCGACAACUCAACAUCACAAACAACACCUAUCACGGCGCAUUAGAUUGUUCAUGCACGUCCUUGCAGCUCCUCCACUCGCGCUGCUUGGCGGUCUCGACCAUCGGGACAGCACAAGGGAGCUUGGUGGACGGCCGGCCAUGGACGACGUGCUGUCGCAGAUCCACGAGGGGUUCCGGCUCGCCACGGAGCUCAUGGCCGAGAUCCCGGCGACCCAGAACGACCAGGCGUACCUCGCCGAGCGCUGCCACGGCAUUGCGCAAGCCUACCUCGCGGCCAUGCGCAUGCUGGGGUACCCGCACGGCGCCGACGACUUGUCCCCGCCGGCGCCUCUGGACCUCCUCCGCCCGUUCCUCGGCGGCGGAUCAUCACUACCAGCGCAGUUCCCGCAGCACCUCGGGCGCCUGCUGGAGUCGUCGCCGUUCGGCACGCCGGGCGCCGACGCGUUCGGCGCGGGCACGUCGGGCGGCCCGGUGAGGCGGCAGGCGUCGUCGUCGCGGUCGUCGCCGCCGGUCCAGCCGCGGCAGCACAGGAGGAGGAGGGAGAGCGGGGAGAGGACGACGAUGAUGGUUCCGGUGCAGCGGACGGGCAACACAGAUCAGCCACCGGACGAUGGCUACACAUGGCGCAAGUACGGCCAGAAGGAUAUCCUUGGCUCCAGAUACCCAAGGAGCUACUACAGGUGCACCCACAAGAACUACUACGGGUGCGAGGCCAAGAAGAAGGUGCAGCGCCUGGACGACGACCCCUUCAUGUACGAGGUCACCUACUGCGGCAACCACACCUGCCUCACCUCCAUGACGCCGCUCCUCACCCUCCCAGCCCCCAACACCGCCGCCGCCGUCUCGACUGCCAUUGCCAACAUGCUAACCAACUCCCCGCCAACCGGCUCGGCAGCAAUCCUCGCCGGCCAGGACCUCGUCAUGGCGCCCGCAGCCGCCGAGCACCCUACGCCGCCGGCACUGUCCACGGCCAUCCAGCUCGGCAUCAGCUGGAUGCCGUCGGAACUCGUCAGCUCCAGCGCCGGCCAGGGGAGCAGCAGCGCGCAGGUGAACGCGUCGGCCGCCUCAGGGAGAGACUUGGAGUACCCGGUGAUGGACCUCGCCGACGCCAUGUUCAACUCCGGCAGCAGCGGAGGGAGCAGCAUGGACGCCAUCUUCCCUGCUCACCAUCACGACCAACGUGAUAGCUAGAUGCUUAUAUAUGGAUCACGCUAUAUGCAUCCGAGGACCAAUCUCCCCUGGGAUUAAUCUUGAUUCGAGUUUUGAUCUAGCUAGUAAGCCAUGAGAUGAUCAUUGAUGACCGUUUAACUUCCCCAUACGACAACAGCCAUGUAGGUGUAGGCAUGGUACGUAUAUAGGUUUAAGUUUAUUCUUCGAUCUUUAGCCACUCAAAUUAUUACUAGAUUAAUUCGCGGCUAAGCCGUGCUAAUAAAGGUGCUCACAGGUAUAGAAAGAGUGAGUGUAUGAUGAGUCUCAGUCCCGCUUGUAAAUUAAAUCAACAUUUGUAUUUGUGUAACACUUAGUUUCAAAUUUCACUCUAGCCAGAAAUUUAGAACGAUGGAGGUUUAUGUAGGUUCA